CUUGAUUUUUCUUUUGUGUCUUUGUGUGCAUCCAACAUAAAAUGGACCAGUGCCAGUGUGUGUGCGAUCAAGUGAAGCAACGGUUGAUGCGCAUGAUCCAGCAGCAAGCUCAAGACCAGUGCACCGACACCGAGUGCCUUCGCGGCGUUGAGCAUCCGGCGGGACUGGCGGGCGGCUUUGACCCAAUGCUGAUCGCUGCGCUCGUGUGGCUCGCAGUUGCUGCCGUCCUGUUUGCCAUGCGGCCAGCGCGCUCGGCCACUGCGGCACAUGCUGCUGCCAAUGCUGCGGAUGCUGCGCCGACCAAGCCAGGCCGGAGUGGCGACCGCGACGACCACCCCCGCCAGCCACCGCCGCCACCAGAGGUUGACUAACAACAAAAAAGUCAGUGUCAUCUGGUCUUCUCAGACUUGGGGAUUGUCAAGUCUGCUGGGCUUUUUUUCAGAACUUGGAUUCUUGGAUUUAGAAGGGUCGUCUCUAGCUUGGAUCAAGUUGUUUUGAACCAAGUUCUCAUCAAAUCUCAAGAGUCUCUUCUUGUGCAGUUUGUUUUUUGAUAUAUGCGAGUAUCACGAUCGCCGUACACUCAUCCACGAGUGAGGGUGUGUAUUUGUUGUUUCUUUUGCUUCGUUGUUGUUGUUGCUGUUGUUGUUGCUGGUUUGGCGUUAUGUUGACAAAAGUUUGUUAUGAAAUUAUUAUUUUUCUUGCAGCCCCCCUUUUUUGAGAGUGUGGGCUGGGUUAUUCUAUCAAGCGUUGCAUUAACACACACAAUAGAGAGAUAAAAUUAC